UCCAAUCUCUCCUUGCGUCAUUGUUUUCAAUGGAGCAUCCUCCCCGGUUGCUUUACCUUCUUUCGGAGGAGAAGGGGAGCGGUGGGGGCUUGUGGAGGCGUGUGCAGCGCCGACCAAUUAGAGACCGCCGUGGCCGCCGGACCGCACAUGUUUACAGGCAGCAUUCCGCCGGUAGAGUCCCCGCUCGGUCUGAGGUGACGGCGGACUGGAUGCGGCAGUAGUUGGAACCGGAGCCGGUUAACGGUCAAAUUUCAAUCUUUUGUAACACAUACGGCGAGGUGUCGGGGUACAGAGCCGUGUGGGGCGGAAAAAUUCGACGUGCUGGCUCCCGUACCUCUAUGCUCAAGCUGUUUGCCCUGUAUUAGCCACCAUUUUUACAUAAUCGUGUAUAAGUGUCGCCUCGGCUCACGACUACGGCGAUUAGUCCGCGUUUUCCCGCCGCCCCUUCAGCUCGCAGGGAGCAGAGAGGAAAACAAACAGGUCGAACGGAGGAAGAUUGGUAGCCGGUUGGAUGUAGAGGUUGUUUAGCGGCGAAUGAAUCGUAGUCGUCGGCUACUAAUUCAGAGCUGGUCGGUUUCUUGUUUCUUUUUUUACGGGGUGCUUGUGCGCGGUGCAUUCCGGACGCUGUUUGGAGUUUCCCCCUCCUCCGAGUAUGUUGCCCCUUUCUAACAUUUUGUCAGGGCUGUUGGAGCGCGUAGUCUACCCGCUGCAGUUUUGUGUUUUUCACGACGCUGUUUACCGGCUAUAAUUCGACGCUUAAUGAUUUAAUUUUACCGGCUCGCCGGCUUUGAAUACAGUGAAACAGUUUUUAGAGAUGCACACGAGGCGCCUGGUGAAGCGCUCGGUCCUCGGCAGCCGCGUUUAUGCGCCGAGUCCGACGGGGGACGGUGCCCCGGUGACAGGAGUGGUCCAGGCUGUCAAGCAGGAAAACAGAGACUUGUCGGCUGCGGGAGCCCGGCGAAGCGUCUACACCGUGCUCAUGCAAGACGGGAGCCUCAAGGAGUUCUCCGAGGAGGAGAUAGCCUCGGGCUUCAACCACACCGCAGCCAAAGGACCACUCAAGUCCAGCCUGAAGCAGAGCUCCAGUAACGGAGCUCCAGAUGGCCAGAAGGUGGAGGGCGGCUGUCUGAGCCCAGAGCCAGCGGAGGAGCAGCGUUCAACGGACGGAAAACGUGUUAGCCGGGACUCUGACACCCGAUCGGUGUCCCUGCUGGAGCAGAAACGCAAAGUAGUCUCCUCCAGCAUUGACGUCCCCCACGCUAGGCGGUCGGAGGAGGAAGUGGAUAUGGACAAAGUGACGGCCGCUAUGGUGCUGACGAGCCUCUCUACCAGCCCGCUGGUGAGGAGCCCACCUGUGAGAGUCAGUGAGGGUCUGAGUGGAUCGUGGAAAGACAACGGCUCGGCCGGACCCUUCACCCCAUCGAGCAACAGCUCCUCGGGGGGCUACUGGAGCUGGUCUGCUCCGAGCGAUCAGUCCAACCCCUCCACACCAUCCCCACCGCUCUCUGCAGACAGCUUCAAGCCCUUCCGUGUACCCAGCCUGGGAGGGGUGGGGCCUGGCCCCGCAGGACCUGAAGACCCCAUUCUGGAUGAGCAGGAUGGGAGCAGCCUGCUCUUUGAUGAGCCCAUCCCUCGCAAGCGCAAGAACUCCAUGAAGGUGAUGUUCAAGUGCCUGUGGAAGAACUGUGGCAAGGUGCUGAGUACUGCCGCUGGCAUUCAGAGACACAUCCGCACCAUCCACCUGGGUCGUAACUGUGACUCAGACCUCAGCGACGGUGAGGAGGACUUCUACUACACGGAGAUUAAGCUGAACACGGACUCGGUGGCCGACGGGCUGAGCAGCCUGUCCCCAGCUUCGCCCUCUGUCCUGUCUCCCCCGCCUCCUCCCCCGUCUCCUCUCCCCUCGGUCAGCCAGCUGCCAGACUCCCAUAAACCGACUCAACCCUCUGACACCAAGGAGCCCCACGCCGGCGGCACCACGCCGCUCAGCCGGUCUGCACCCAGCGCUCUCUACCUCAUCCACACGGACCAUGCCUACCAGGCCACGGCUCCAGUGUCCAUCCCGUCCAGCAGCACCAACAACUCGGCCGGCUCGGCGUCCACCAGCUUCACUCCCACCAACAGCUCCAGUUUCAGCAUCUCUUGGCAGUCGCCACCCGUCACUUUCACCGGGACCACGGUGUCUCCCAGUAAAAGCCAAGGAUUUGGUGACCAACGUUCCCAGACCAUUGCAGUGCUUUCGUCCCCUCCCAGAGCCACCGCUGCCCUCAGUCGGAAGGUGCGUGGCGAGGGGAAGAAGUGCCGUAAGGUGUACGGGAUGGAGAACCGCGACAUGUGGUGCACCGCGUGCCGCUGGAAGAAGGCCUGCCAGAGAUUCACUGACUGAUCGUCCCCCGCAGCUCGCCAGACAAACAAGCCAUGCAGUUUUCCAGCUGAGGAAAACGAGGGGAAAAGGGGGGGGGGGCGUCAUCCUGCAUGCAUUCGGUUUUCUUCAGAUCAACAUCGCAACUGUCUGUCAGCUAUGGCCCCGCCCUCGUUCUCCGGCUCCGUCCCACACCCCACCCAACCUCAUCAGCUCCACUGAACCAUUCCAGCUGUGGAAGCAACCACAGGACGGCAGAGUCACCUUUCACAUCGCCGUCCAGGAUUCCCAGCGUGGGCUCGCCAUUCCCUUCUUUCCCAGUUUUUGGGAAAACCUCGGUGCAGCUAAACAGUGUAAAGAAAAAAAAAGAUUUCUGCAGUUUUUUUUUGUUUUCUUUUUUUAAUGUUGGGUUCAGUGUUGCAUCUUUCCAUGUUUUGUACAGAUCUGGUUUUUAAAUGAAAGUCUUGUCAAAGAAGGGGGUCGAGAAAAAGGCCAAAUUAUUAUUAUUUUUUUUUUUAAGUGUGUGUUUUCUCAAAAGAUUAGAGUAAAAAACACUUUUUUAUUCAAAAGAAGAAGGGAACUCUCUGAAGUCCGUUUGAAGAAAGCUAUGAAAAAGCACGUGGAGGUAAAGCUCGCAGUUUUUGUUCUUCCUUCGACUUGUUCGUCCCUUUGUAUCCAAUUCUGGACUUUGAGGUGAUCUUUUAUCACGGUCCCUCACGCCUCCCGGACAGCCCCGAGGGAAUGCAUGCGUGGCAUAGCCGGGAAGGGGUGGUGGACGGUCGGAAAGGAGGAGGAAGAGACACACACACACACGUACACAAACACACACGAGAUG